AUGGGUAAUGAAAUUUACAAAUCAGCCUUCCGGGUUGAAAUGUCUAUUAUUUAUAAUAUAGAAGUAAUCUCGGCAUCACUUGUCAGCCCUGUGGUCGAAUUCCUAAUAGCACUUAGCCCUUCCAACUUGGCAGCCAACUUGGCAGCCAACUUGGCAGCGACCUUGGUACCCCCAAGAACAUCUGAAAUUACAGGUGUUGUCUCUAUUUUUGGAGAAAUUAUAUGUAAGGGUGAACUGCUUUUUCUCAAUGGGGCAUUUGUAUUUGUUUAUUCUUCCGCUUCUUCUUUUUUUGGACAAAAUGUUGGCAUGAUGCCACGUGACACAACCUAUAGUUCUAUUGAGAUCCAAACCAGAACAUUCCUCAUAAUGCGCUGUUUAGCACAGAAUUUUAGACUGCGGGCUUUUGAUUUUGUUCAAAAACGUCGCCGACGGGACCUAAGGAUACUCGCGAGCUCUGAAGCGAGAAUUCCUCCAGUUGGCGGUUUUAAAUACUAG